AAAAAAAUCUCAAAAAUAAUGUCCGAAGAAAAAUCAAAAUCAAAAUCAAAACCAAAUUCGAUUUCAUCAUCAGAUAAAGAUGUAAAGGCACCUAAUGUGUUUGAGAGAGUUAAAGAAGAGUUUGAGGCAGUGUUGCAUGGUGGAAGACACUCACAUCACCAUCACAAGGAAACUCACGGGUUGCGUAAGGAUAUUGAUGAGAACACACCAAUUACUGAUGUGAAAGCACCCAAUGUGUUUGAGAGAGCCAAGGAGGAAAUCGAGGCUCUUGUUCAGGCAAUUCAUCCGAAAAAAGAAGAUCAUAGUCAUUCUUCAACUUCAGAAGGCAACAACAGGACUAAUGAUAUAACAGCUGAGUUGAAACAUAAUCCAGAUUCUCUUUCAGAGAACAAAGCAAAGGUGCCUACUAAUCAGAACGAGAAGGUUGAGGAAUCAACAGGAACACAAAAAUCUCCUCAUCGUCAUCACAAAGAAACUCACGGAAGGAGUGAUGACAUUGAUGAUAAAACACCAAUAAGUGACGUUAAAGGUCCAAAUAUAUUCGAACGAGCCAAGGAAGAAAUCGAGGCACUAUUUCACUCAAUUCAUCCAAAGAAAUGAUACUAGCAGUGUUGUUCAAAGAAGGAAAAUGGAUUGACUAACAAGAGAGAUUGGUUUUCAGAGAGUUUUAAUUGUU